AUUUUGUUAAAAUUUCAACUUUGAAUACCUUUUUAGAUGGUCAAAUAUUUUUGUUCAUUUGGUCCCACUAAUUGAUGGUGUUGGGUUGUGACAAAAGUCGUAAUAUUCAAUGCACGAACCUAAUUGAGAAGACUAUGAGAACAAUUACAAUGACCACACGGUCUGUCUCUGUCAUAUUCAUUUUGUUUAAUGAUGUUCAGGUUUUAGUUCAGGCAUUGAUGAGGUUUAAGAUCUUACAGCUUUUUCUAAUGACUGUUUUAACAUGUUAGCCUGCCAUUCAAAUUGCAAAGAUACAUAAGAAAAAUCAAUGGAGGGCUCCUUGACGCUCCUUAUUCUUUGCUCCCAUUUAUUGCUUAUUAUAAGAAUACCCACUGCAGCUGACACCAUUACUAUAACUCAAUCUGUUAAGGAUGGAGAGAGCAUAGUUUCAGCUGGUGAAAGCUUUAGAUUAGGAUUUUUUAGCCCAGGCAACUCAAAAAAUCGAUACUCGGGUAUAUGGUAUAACAAGGUAUCUGUCAUCACUGUAGUUUGGGUUGCUAACAGAGAAAUCCCCCUUCAAGAUUCAUCAGGUGUUUUGAAGAUUACUGAGCGAGGACUAGUACUUGUCAAUCACAAUGAAACCAUAAUUUGGUCUUCCAACUCCACGGGAUCUAUGAGGAAUGUUGCACAGCUUUUGGAUUCAGGAAACCUUAUAGUAAAAGAUGAGGAUAACCCUGCAGAUUAUUUGUGGCAGAGUUUUGAUUAUCCAUGUGAUACUUUCCUUCCAGGGAUGAAGCUUGGGUGGAACAGAGUAAUAGGCCUGGAUCGCUACAUAUCAUCAUGGAAGACACCUGAUGAUCCUGCUAGGGGUAAUUUUACCUGUGGAUUUGAUCCUGAAGGUUAUCCUGAGAUGAUUGUGAGAGAGGACUCAGUUGAGCGUUUUAGAGCAUGGAACGGUCUUAGGUUUAGUGGCACACCUCAGCUAAAGCCAAACCCUAUAUACACAUAUGGGUUUGUUCUCAAUGAAAAGGAAGUGUAUUACAAUUAUCAGCUUCGUAACAACUCACUUCUUUCACGGAUGGUGAUAAAUCAGAACGGCAUUCUCCAGCGCUUUGCUUGGAUUGAGCGAACACAGGAAUGGGGGCUUUAUCUUACUGUUCAAAUUGAUAAUUGUGAUCGUUAUGCUUUGUGUGGUGCAUAUGGUAGCUGCAAUAUUAACAACUCUCCAGUGUGUAGUUGCUUGAAAGGAUUUGUUCCAAAAGUUUCAAAAGAGUGGGACAUGGUCGAUUGGUCAAGUGGUUGUGUUAGAAAGACUCCACCAAAUUGCUCUGAAGAUGGAUUUCGCAAGUACUCUGCCGUGAAGUUGCCAGAGACACGAAAAUCCUGGUUUGACAGCAGUAUCAAUCUUGAGGACUGCAAAAUCAUGUGCAUGAAGAAUUGCUCCUGUACAGCUUAUUCAAAUUUGGACAUUAGGGAAGGAGGAAGUGGAUGCUUUCUGUGGUUUAAUGAGCUGAUUGAUAUUAGAGAAUUUGACGAGAAUGGCCAAGAUAUUUAUAUAAGGAUGGCUGCGUCAGAACUAGACCUUGACGAUGACGAUGAUGAUGACAUGAGGAUUAAGAGUAAAUCCUAUGUGAAGAAACAAAUGAGGAUCACUGUAAGCUCUGUGUUAUCUACAGGGAUUCUGUUCCUGGUGCUAGCUAUAGCCUUGUAUGUUUGGAAAAAGAAGAGGCAGAAAGCUGGGAAAAAAACUGGCAUUGUGGAAGGAAAUGCAAACGACAAGGGCGAAAAAGAAGAUCUAGAACUACCGCUGUUUGAUUUUUGCACCAUUGCUUGUGCAACUAAUAACUUCUUUGUCACCAAUAAACUAGGAGAAGGAGGCUUUGGACCUGUUUUUAAGGGAACGUUGAAAGAUGGACGAGAAAUAGCUGUGAAGAGGCUCUCAAAGAAUUCAACCCAAGGACUCGAUGAGUUCAAGAAUGAAGUAAUGCAUAUUGCCAAACUUCAGCACCGGAAUCUGGUGAAGCUUCUAGGAUGCUGAAUUCAAUCAGAAGAGAAGAUGUUAAUCUAUGAGUUCAUGCCCAACAAAAGCUUGGAUUUCUUCAUUUUUGAUCAAACACGGAGCACGCACCUAGACUGGCCUAAGCGGUACCACAUUAUCAAUGGGAUUGCUUGUGGACUCCUUUAUCUUCACCAAGAUUCAAGGCUAAGAAUAAUCCAUAGACAUCUAAAAGCUGUGAAUAUUUUAUUGGAUCAUGAAAUGAAUCCAAAAAUUUCAGACUUUGGCCUUGCUAGAAGUUUUGGAGGAAAUGAAACCGAAGCCAAUACAAAUAAAGUGGUGGGAACAUACGAUUAUAUGUCGCCAGAGUAUGUGAUCGAGGGCUUAUACUCUGUGAAGUCUGAUGUUUUUAGCUUUGGUGUUAUAAUGCUAGAGAUAGUGAGUGAAAGAAGGAACAGAGAAUUCAGUCAUACAGAUCAUCAUCUUAACCUUCUUGGACAUGCUUGGAGACUACAAAAGGCUGGUAGGUCUAUAGAAAUGAUUGAUGCUUCAGUGAGAACUUCGUGCGACAUAUCUGAAGUGCUACGGACAGUGCAUGUGGGUCUACUCUGUGUGCAGCGAAGUCCAGAAGAAAGGCCUAGCAUGUCAGCAGUUGUUUUUAUGCUGGGCGGUGAAUGUGCAUUACCUGAGCCUAAGCAACCAGGAUUCUUCACGGAAAGGGAUCUCAUAGAAGUGAAUUCCUCUUCAAGCAAUCACAACUCCAGUUCAGCUAAUGGUCUAACUAUUACACAACUAGAGGCACGAUAAAUAAUGCAUCAUAUGUAACGUUUUAUAUGUCUUGUGAGCUAGGACCUUAUUUUCUCAUGGUUGCUAUCUUCAGUGACCUUAUGAAUCCCCAUACCAUCUGAAGAAACCUCAGGUAGCAUGAAUGUAUGUGGUGCAAUAGACUUGAUUACCUUCACAGAGGAAUAUUUGGAGGAGCAGCAGCCGCAAUUCGUGUCAGCAUUUGUUUCAGAAAAGUGCAAACGUUGAGACACUAUUGAUCUCUUUUGAAUUAUUAACACAUUACUGGCA